CGGUUGGCUAAUCAACAACUAAAAAUAAAAAAAGGAAAAAAAUAAAAAUUAUUAAUAUUUUAGAAAUAUUAAAAAAAUAAUAUUUUAAAAAGUGAGAGUGAAAUUUCGCUUUAAAAAAUUUAAAAAUAAAAAAAACCACUGUCUCCCCUCAUCUCUUUCCAACCAAAGACUUUCCAACCACCGCUUACACAAAGAAACAGAGACAAUAUGCGUGCGUAUGCUCUUGCUGCUAUCCUCUCGUGCUACAUGGGGCUCAUCGUGUGCGCGCCUGCCGAGACAUCUGCCGUUUCGGAUCACAUGCAACACCAGACCAGAUUGACGGGACGAUCGCCAAACUACAACUUUGGCUUAGGAAAAAGAAGGUAUAUUCUACGAACUACAGAACUGGGUACCAAAAGAAUUCCGCAUUAUGAUUUCGGUUUAGGUCGUAAACGAUCUGUCGCCUACAAUUUCGGACUGGGCAAACGUUCGGAGAAUUUCGACUACGACGACGAUCUUCAACUGGCGGAGCAGCUUUUGAGUAAUUGGGAAACCGCUCGAUUAGUUGACAGCGAAAUGCCAUCGGAUUACGACGUGGAGUCAUUUCGAGGAAAAAAAAAUUAUUUCCCUCGACCGUCGACAGUGUACGAGCCAAAGAGAUCACGCCCCUACAGCUUCGGACUUGGCAAGCGGGCACGCGCCUACGACUUCGGCUUAGGUAAAAAACGCUCAAACGAGGAAUUUGAUAAACGAUUACCAAAUCGAUACAAUUUCGGUUUAGGAAGACGCUAAACAGUCACCGGCGACGUGAAUGUUUAUGAAAAAAAUGGACUGGCAACAAAAACACAGCAACAGAUUUUUACAUUUUAAAUUAUAAUUUUAAGAACAUUUUUGUUACUUUUAAUUUAAAGACACAAACAAAAAAAAACAAGAAACACAAAAUUCUUUUGUAAAUAAUGUUAAACAAAAAAAAAAACAAGAAAUUUUUCAUUAUUAAUUAAAAUUUUGUUGCAUGUCGCACACUCUUUACAACAUUCAAAGCCUUAACAUUCAUUCAGAAACAUUUACUUACUCGAAAUAUAUUAACCACCUUCUACAUGAAAAAACACAAAAAUACUAACUAACUAAAAACUAAACUAAACUACUAAAGAAAGAAAGAAAGGAACGAUGGAAGAAGUCUUAUCAUCAUCCCUGUCCCUGGCUCUCGUACGAUGAACGUAUAUAUAAUCUGAACAAUAUACAAAAAAAAAGAAACUAAAUAAAGAUUGCAACUGAUUGAUUAUAUACAUUGAUUAUUAAUUAAUUAAACUAAAAAAAUAAAAAAAAGUCUAUUUAUGUAUUACUACAAAAGUAAAAAAAAAAAUAUAAAAUAAAUAUAAAUCAAAUAAUAAAAGUUGU